GUCUUUCAACAAUUUCAAGCAAUCAUUGAAAGCCGUUGAUUCACAAGAACUGUAAAAUUAGAAUAGUUCUUUUUUUGUCGUGUUUAAAUUGUGAGAUUUUGUCCCAGGAUUAUCCAAAUCGCAGCUGAUGCGAGUUCACGUGGUACGCGAGACUUUGUAAUUGAUUGAGAACUGCAUGAGAUUUCCACCCAAGAUGGCGACUGUGUGUUACGUUUUGCUGCUCUCUGCAAUCACAAAUUUCGUUACAGCAGAACAAUACAAAGAUGGUGAUCCGGUUCCAUUGUAUGUCAACAAAGUGGGUCCUUAUUUCAACCCACAUGAAACCUACCAUUACUACCAGUUACCAGUGUGUAGACCAGAAAAGGUAGAACAUCGUAGUCUGACCCUUGGUGAAAUUCUAGAUGGUGAUCGUAUGGCUGUAUCUAUGUAUGAUAUUAAAUUCAAAGAGGAUGUCACGGACGGUAAGCUUUGCACAGUUGAAUUAAAAGAAGAGGACAUUGAACAGCUUAGAGAAGCAAUUGAGGAUCUUUAUUACUUUGAGUUUAUUUUAG